CUUUUCAAUGGUUUUAUUAGAUUCUGUUUACAAAGUCUACUCACAUUCACCUUUUAUUCAGAUGUCCUUGGCCUGCUAAUCAUUUUACUAAGAAACACUCGUAGAGACUGCUAGGGCAACAAUGCAAGACUGCUCGUAGAUCACUGCAUUUGAGAAUCGUCGAUUCUAGUCUCCAAGCAAUCGUCAUGGGAUCCGAGGGAAUCGUUUGAUUCUCACACGACACGUUACCCCCUAGUUGAUUAGGGGGUCUAUUUUUUGGGCCGCGUACUUCUUCAUCAAUUCCCCAGAUCCACUUGUAACCAACACAACUAAUUUAGUAACUUAGAGAGUCAGAUACCCCCCGUGAUUUCUCGGUCAAAUUUAAGAAAGUUCGAUCUAUUUAUCCCCACGUCCCUAGGAGCAAAUUCUGGCUAAUAACUCGUCUACGCUGGUGCGUGAUGAUGAUGCAUUGCAUACCAUAUAUGGGAGAACUUUUUUUUGCUAGGAAACAAAUACCUGUAUUUCCCUUCAUAGCAUAGCAUUCAAUUUCUUCCUAUCCCGAAUUUAAUCCUCCACUAGCUAAUUCCAAUUUUGCUGUCAAUCCUGGGGUCUCAAAAAAGAAAAAGAAAAAAAAAAUGCUCUGAGAACAUCUUUUGCAAUGGCGGAAAACACUAAAUCGCUUUUCUUCUUUUUAUCAACUCUUUUACUACUUGCCGGGCAAACUCAGGGUAGAAUCAUAUCAAAGAUUUCUUCUCCCACUUCUUUUUCUGAAUCUGGUUUGGUUUCUAAUGGAAUAGAUAAUGUUGAAAAGCAAGAUUCAUAUAUCACUCUUAACACUCUGGUUUCUUCUUCUUCCUCUGAAUCUCCUCCUUUGACUAACAAUAGUAAAGUAGAAGAAACAUGUGAACAAACUUAUGGAUUUUUACCAUGUACAACUACAGCUAUGGGAAAUCUAUUCCUUAUACUUGUUUAUGGUUACUUAAUGUUUACUGCUGCAAGCUUUUUAUCAAAUGGAAGUGAACUGUUAUUAGAGAUUUUAGGUCCUGGUAUCAUUGGUGGUCUCUUUCUUCCUGUUCUUGGUGCUCUUCCUGAUGCUUUACUAAUUCUUGUAUCUGGACUUUCUGGAAGCACAGAAGUUGCUCAAUCUCAGGUCCUGGUGGGUAUGGGUUUGUUAGCUGGGUCCACUGUCAUGCUUCUGACAGUGUUAUGGGGAUCUUGUGUUAUCAUUGGUAAAUGCGAUAUUGAGGAUUCUAGAGCUAAAGAUUCUAAGGAUACAAGAGGAUUGAGCUUAACAGAAUCGGGUGUCAGUACCGACAUCUGGACAAGCUAUGCUGCCAGGAUCAUGGCUGUAUCAAUCAUCCCAUUUGUUAUUGUCCAACUACCAGCAAUCUUCCAUACAAAUUCUGGAAGACGUUUGGCAGUCUUGAUUUCACUAAUUGUUGCUGUUACGCUGCUAGUCUCAUACUGCGUUUUCCAGAUAUUUCAACCUUGGAUUCAAGAGAGGAAAAUGGCAUAUGCAAAGCACAAACAUGUAAUUGCAGGACUUUUAAAACACAUGCAUGGAUUGGAUAGGUUCCUCACAGAUGAUGGUGAACCUGAUGAAGAAGUUAUAAGAAAGUUGUUUAAGACAAUCGAUGAAAACGGGGAUGCGUAUCUUUCGGAUUUAGAACUAAGAGCGUUAAUCAUAGGAAUCCGUUUUGACGAGAUCGAUUUAAAUAAGGAGGAUGCUGUUAAAAAGCUACUUAGAGACUUCGAUACAUCGGGUGAUUCUCAGGUUGAUGAGAAGGAGUUCAUCGAGGGAAUCUCAAAAUGGCUUAAAGAAGCCAAGCGCUCUGUAACUUCUGCUAAUAGUUCUACUCCUCGUGCAUCUAACCUUGUAACUGCGUUUCACAGACAAACCAAGGAGGAACAUGAUCUUUUAGGAAAUCAGGGUGAUGAGGCCGAAGAAGGUGCUGACAAGCCCAAGUUUACUUCGUAUAAAGCAGUAGGGAUGUUGCUUCUAGGAACGGCUAUAGCUGCGGCAUUUGCAGAUCCCCUUGUUGACGCUGUUGACAAUUUCUCCACUGCGACAAGUAUUCCUUCUUUCUUCAUCUCAUUUAUAGCAUUGCCUUUGGCCACCAACUCCAGUGAGGCAGUAUCAGCGCUUAUUUUUGCCAGCCGUAAGAAGCAAAGAACUGCUUCUCUGACAUUUUCCGAGAUAUAUGGAGCUGUAACUAUGAACAACAUUCUCUGUCUGUCGGUGUUCUUAUCGCUUGUCUAUGUAAGACACUUGACAUGGGAUUUCUCUGCAGAAGUGUUGGUGAUUCUUAUUGUUUGCGUCAUGAUGGGUCUCUUUGGCAGCUUUCGUACCACAUUUCCUCUCUGGACAUGUUCAAUUGCAUUUUUACUAUACCCAUUCUCUCUGGCACUUGUUUAUGUUCUGGACUAUGUGUUUGGGUGGUCAUAGAUUCAGUCAUCAUCAGGACUAAGGGAAUGGUGGUUUUAGUUGGAGAUGGCUAGUUAAGCAUUGGAUAUAUCGUAUCUGGUGGUACCAGAAAAUCAUCAUAUCUCAAGAAUUCUGGUUUUUACUUCGCUGCUGUUCUAGCAUCGGUUAUUAUAAAGCAUGAGCCCUUUGGUUGGAAAGCUCAAAAUCUGUCGGACUAAUCCACAAGGACACAUAUUUUAGUUUGGGGAAGAUGAUUUUUACGCCUUCACCAAAAGUUUCACCCUUACUUGAACGGGAUCUAUCCCACAGACUUGUACCUUUGUAUCUCGAGUUAUAAGGAGACAUGAGCUGAAAAGUCUGGUCGAUGAAUUAUAUGACCACGGGAUUAGAGCUAAAUGCUUAAGAACGGUGGCCUAAACUUAAGUUGUAUCUUCCGCAAGCAAUCGGUCUUCAAAUUUGUUUGUUUUUGUCUUUUCCCUAUGCUAUGAUCACUUUCUUUGAGAAGAACUUAUUGUUACAUGCGUACUGAAAUCUGAACUAUUCAGUAAAACAUAACAGGUUACAGGAUA